CCAAAAACCGAGAAUUUCUUUCAUCUGUCUCCAUUAACCAUGUCUGCUCCAUCAGAGCAUCCCCAUCCUGAAACACUAGAAAACAAGGACGCCAUGGAUAACGGAGCUUCAGAGCUCGACCAAGGAUCGGGAGAUGGAGCAGGAGUGGAAGUUGAAGAAGAAGAAUGCGGUUUCUGCUUGUUCAUGAAAGGAGGAGGUUGCGGAGAAGAGUUUAUAGCGUGGGAGAAGUGCGUGGAAGAAGGGGAGACGAAGAAGGAGGAUAUUGUUGAGAAGUGCUUUGAGGUCACGAGUUAUCUCAAGAAAUGCAUGGAUGAGCAUUCUGCUUACUAUGAACCGAUUCUUAGGGCUGAGAAAGCCAUGGAAGAGCAAGCCUCUGCAGAACUGGAUCCAGAAGAGGGGAAAAAUGGUGGCUUUGAGACGGAAGAUUCCAGAGGGGAUCAUGUCUCUGAUAAACCAGAGACUAUAGAAAUUCCUCCGGCUCCAUCACCAAUAGAUUCGUCUUCUCAGUCUCAGAAUCCCAUUUCCAAAACCCUAGAAAAUAUUCGAGUUGAAGAAAAUCGAAUGGAAAAAGUAGCUUCAGAGAUCGAGCACGGAUCAGGAGAGGGAGAGGGAGAAGGAGAAGAGGAAGAUGGAGAGUGUGGCUUCUGCUUGUUCAUGAAAGGAGGAGGUUGCAGAGAUGAAUUUAUAGCAUGGGAAAAGUGUGUGGAAGAUGGAGAGAAGAACAAGGAGAACAUUGUUGAGAAGUGCUCUGAGAUCACUGGUUUGCUCAGGAAAUGCAUGGAUGAGCAUUCCGAUUACUACGAGCCGAUACUUAGGGCAGAGAAGGAGUUGGAAAAGAAAGCCUCUGCUGAAUUGGAUCAAAAAGAGGGACAAGCUGGUAACCCUGAGAAAAAAGAUACUGAACUGAAUGAACUAGAGAAGAAAGAAACUCAGUGAUGGUUUACUGUAGGUGAAUUUGUUUUCUUUUUCCGAUAAAGAAUAAAUGGAGGAAUGGGUACAAGAACUGGUUUUAACGGGAAUUUAGCAUUUGGUUUGCAUGGAUUCGCGAAAAAAUAUGGUUCUCUGUUCUUGUGGCUCAUGGAUCCUGAAAAAGGUUAUUCGAGGUCCAUUUUUGCCUAUAGACUUUAUCCCUGAGAUGUUAUCCAGUUCAUGGUGAUUUUUUUGGAGCACUGAACCCUGUCCAUGAACUGAAAUUUUUCUUUGUCCUUGAUGUUCUUUCUAGUUUGAUGCAUUGCUUGAAAAAUCAGUAAUCCAAAUCGGAAUUGCCGA